AUGGGCAAUAAAAAGAAACCUCAACCCUCCCAGAGCCUCCCGGACCCGGGCACACAGAAAAAUCCCGGUGGUCUGGACAAAUACUUCCGCGACACUGUGAAGAUUCUAGGCGACGGCCUAGACGAAGGCAUUCGGACGCCAUCUUCCCCACAGUGCUCUUCCCCGCAUAGCCUGGAAGGAUCGGAUGCAACACCGGAAUGGGGGAUGGCAGACAUGAAAGAUAUAUUGAGAAACCUACCUUCUAAAGACGAUCUGGCAUCUAAACUGGAAUCUUCAAUGCAGGACCAGAUUUCCUCGCUGUCUUCCGAGAUCAGGCAAGUAAACAGCAGGGUGGGGGACCUGGAGGAAGACAGAGACAAAUUAUUAGACAGAGUCCAGGCAUUAGAACGCAACCAAAGUUGCAGAGAUAACAAACUUCUAUACAUAAUGAGAAACACAGAAGACCUAGACAAUGGAGGACGCAGGAACAAUAUAAGAAUAAGGGGAUUACCAGAGUCACAAGGGACACGUGAAGAUUUACACCAGAUCUUGCAAUCUCUCUUUAACAAAAUAUUACAGAGGCCAGAGGAAACGCAUAUUCUCCUAGACAGAGCCCACAGGGCGCUGAGGCCUAAACCUAUUCCACAUGACUCCCCCAGAGAUGUGAUAUGCAGAGUACACUACUACUCUGAAAAGGAAGCCAUCAGACACUGCAGACAUCAUGUACAACAACACAAAAAUAUUGCUUCUCCCAGAUCUGGCGUGGCUAACUUUGAGGGGCAGAAGAACCCUGAGACCACUCACACAGGCACUGCAUCAAAUAUCGAUGGGGAUAUCCUUUCUCACUGACAGCCGCACAUCAGGGUAUCCAAGCCACACUAACAUCGGUGAUGGAAACAGAGGCUUUCACACAGCGCCUGGGUAUACCCAAUGUUGAUAUUCAGGACUGGUACGACAUAACAGAAACCGAAUCAAUUCAACCUCAUCCUCAAAGAAUGAAAGGUCAAGCUGCGGAUGCAAGAAGGAGAACGACUUGGAAGACCCCACCUGCAUCGCCUUUCAUGAGACCGAAGAGACCGCAAAUGACCCCGAGGAAAAUAAAUUGAGUGCAGACGAAAGGACAUAUAGCAUGGGCAUAGUACCCACAGUGAUAAUGCACAUCUACAUUGUCGGACUGUUAACUCUGAAAUCGCCCAUCUCAAGGGCUGUGGAAGCGGUAACUAUGAACAGUAGAAAUCAGUUCUAUGGAACUGCUGAUAAGUUGGUACAAAUGUACAAUUAAUGUUUUGGUUAACUAAUGUUCAUAGCAUUGGGAUCUGUAAGGCCUCACCUAGAAAUGUUAUUUUAGGUUCAAGAUAGGUUAAAACCACAAAAUCAGGCAUUACAGGUCUAACACGAUAAAAUUUAAUAAUAAUCGAGCCCAGUACUCGUCCAGUACUACAAUGCAAAGUGAAACCUUUCCGCCUAAGGGGAAGCUGCAUAGGUGCCGAGGUUUCAUCCAGCUGACCUACCCCUGAUUUAAACCCGAAGUGAACAUAUCACUUUUAGUCGUAGUGUCCACGCUCCCGCCGGACACAAAUUAGGACCAGUUGAGGUCCUGAGCGGUACCUACCUAAAAGCUCAACGUUUCUGCUUUUGUGUAAUAACUAUCCUUGAGCCAGUAUAUAAUUACUGGAUACACUCGGGGAACUGUACCGUCUCCUUUAUAGGGGUCUGGAAAGACUAUCCCAUAAUAUAAACCUAUAUAGCAACGUUUUUCAGGCCUCUAUUAAUACACGAGGAAGUUCAGCCUCCCACUGGAACUACCCCUCGUAGGACGCCAAGUUCGAUAAAUACUCUAGUUAAAACUGUAAAUAGUUAUUUUUCUUUUCUUUUAGAAUUAUUUGUUGUUAAACUCCUGUGCUGUGAUAUUUCAUAUACCAAGCCUUCAAACAUACUCUCUCCCACCACAAAGUAUCCUCGUACUCACGUAAGCACCACACACUCAUAACUCUAGAUACAAGCAACACUAUCCUACACUCAACAAAGCGCCUCGAAUAGACAGACUUAGGAACAUGGGAUCUUUGAGAAUAUGCUCCCUAAAUGUCAGAGGGCUUAAUAUUCCAGAAAAAAGAAAAAUGGUGCUAACGGACCUGGUGAAAAAUAAAACAGACAUAGCAUUUCUCGAAGAAACUCAUCUAAAAGGCCCGAAUGCACCACAACUUAAACACCCGAAAUUCAAACAAGUGUACCAUAAUAAUUAUAACAAGAGUAAAUCCAGAGGAUAGGGGUAAACGUACCUUUCUCUUACUCUACUCACAUCACAGACGAAUCAGGCAGAUUUAUCAUAUUACAGGGCACGGUGGGGACACACCCAAUUACUCUUGUCUCUAUAUACCUCCCCAAUAAACACCAAUGCGGGGCACUCAGACAGAUCAUGGCUAAAAUUAAACAACAUACAAAUGGCUUCCUUAUCAUGGGGGGAGACUUUAACGUCUCGCUAGAUGCCAAAAAAGAUAGCACGUCUCUUAGCAGUAAACAUCUCACAGCCACAAGAUUACAAAUGCAACACAUCAUCCACACACAUCAACUAGCAGACUGCUGGAGGAUAUAUCAUCCAACAACUAAAGACUAUACACACUACUCAACCCCGAACAAAUCUUAUUCUAGAAUAGAUUACUUCCUGAUUUCUCACAGAGACCUAAGCCUGGUAACACACACCUCCAUAGGCCCAAUGACCUGGUCGGACCAUUCUCCUAUUUACCUCACAGUCACUGUCCCUUCCCUCCCUCAACCCAAGGGACUAUGGAAACUCAAUCCCAACCUGCUGCAAACAAAAACCGUUAGAGAAGCGAUACAGAACACAAUCAGGCUCUACUUCCAAGAAAAUAAAACCCCAGACACCUCUGCCUUUGUGCAAUGGGAAGCACAUAAAGCAGUAGUAAGGGGAGAACUAAUAAAAUGGGGGGCCCAAAUCAAACGGGAAAAAAAUAAACAGAUUGAGGAACUCUACAAAAAAAUUAGACAACUAGAAAACUCUCACAAACUUAACAUGACUGACGCAAGUUACUGCUCACUAAUUGCCCAUAGGACGGAACUUACUUCGCUACUACAAGAUAAGGCACGGAAAGCCAUCCUAUGGACAAAACACAGAUAUAAUGCGCAGGGAAACAGGUGCGGCAAACUACUCGCACAAGCCCUUAAACAAAAGCAGGCGCUCACGUACAUUCCCAAAAUCAAACGCUCAGAUGAGUCGUUCGCAUGCACCACGGAAGAAAUAGCCAAUACAUUCCACACAUUACACUUCACUAUAUAAUCUGAAAGAGAAGGGACCCAACAUAGAAGACUUAAGAAAAUUCUUGGAGAACAAAUUCGACACAACUCUGCCUCCAGUGGCGACAAGAUCAUUAGAAGAACCCUUCACACUAGAUGAACUCAAAUUGGCACUGAAACAGACACCACAUAACAAGAGCCCGGAUCCGGACGGGUUCUCGGCCUCCUAUUAUAAGAUGUUUCAAGCAGAACUUAAUACACACCUGCUAGAAGCGAUCAACUCUAUCCCACACCACAACCAUAUACCGAGUCAGGCAUUAGAGGCGACAAUUACGCUGUUACCCAAACCAGGGAAAGAUCUGGAGAAAUGCGCCAGUUAUAGGCCAAUAUCGCUCAUAAAUGUGGAUAUAAAAAUUUUUACUAAGAUGAUGGCCUUGCGACUUAAACCAUUUCUCCAAGAUCUAAUCCACCCAGACCAAGCAGGCUUUGUUCCUGCUAGGGAAGCAAAAGAUAACACAUCCAAAAUUAUAAAUUUAAUUCAUUGCACUUCAUAUACACAAACCCCAACACUACUCCUGGCAAUAGAUGCGGAAAAGGCCUUUGACAGGGUGGACUGGGCCUUCCUUAUAACCACACUUGAGAUGUUAGGAUUCGGCAACAGAUGGAUCCAAUGGAUAAGAGCCAUCUACUCUCGUCCCACAGCCCGCCUAAAGGUAAAUGGCCAACUUUCAAAACCAUUUAAGAUAAGUAACGGCACCAGGCAGGGAUGCCCGUUAUCCCCCUAUUUAUUCUAUCUCUAGAACCCCUUCUGAAAGCAGUGCGACACAACCCUGAUAUACAAGGCAUCAGGGUCAACCAACACGAAUAUAAAAAGUCGGCCUUUGCCGAUGACUUACUAUUCACCAUUGUGAAUCCACUACACAGUUUGCCCCACUUGACAAUGGCCCUAACCGAGUAUAGUAAAGUCUCUAACUUCAAAAUCCAACAUUGAUAAAUGUGAAAUUCUCAACAUUAACUUAACCCCUGGACAGGUACAUAGCUUGCAGCGCAAAUACCCGUUCCAAUGGGCUCCCAACUCCAUCAAAUAUCUCGGGAUAAAAAUAACCAACACUCACAAAACCCUAUAUAGAGAAAAUUUCCAUGACAUACUUACGACAAUCAAAAAAGACUUAGACAGAUGGGAUAAACCACAUUUUCGAUGGAUGGGACGAAUAAACAUUAUAUCCAUGAAUAUUCUACCACGCAUUUUAUAUCUACUGAACACUAUCCCUAUACAUGUCCCGACUGCCUUCUUUCGCUCGAUCCAGUCGAUACUCACAACUUUUAUAUGGGCGAAAAAGCGCCCGCGCAUAGCCCUCAAUGUACUGACCAAACCAAAGGAGAAAGGGGGAUUGGGAUGCCCACACAUCCAAAAUUACCAUAAGGCAAUACACCUAGGGAGGAUACUAGAAUGGUCAAGAGAGAUAGGCACUAAGGCAUGGGUUCAAAUAGAACAAUCUCAAGUAGCAACUCCUCUUCAAUAUCUCCCUUGGACCUUACUGACAGGCAAGGGAAACUCCCCAAGAGACCUACCCACCAUAGGUGCCACUCUUGAAGUAUGGGCAAAUAUAAAUCCACUGCGCCACUUCACACCGACACCAUCGCCACGAUUCCCGAUUGCUCACAACCCAAGAUUUCCAGUAGGCAGGGACAUCAGGAAUAUGAGCAAGACCAUACCUAACUCUGGGGACGGAAAUGUAACAUUACGAGACCUAGUCACUAAGGACGGACUAUUACCACUAACAGACAUCACGGGCACAAACUAUCCAACCCUGACUCAAACAUUCCAAUAUCAUCAGCUAAAACAUUUUCUACAUAAAGAAGGACUCUUACACUGGCAGCCAAGAGAAGAGACCCAAUUUGAAAAGCUCUGCUCCAUUCCGCCGAAAACCAAAAUAGUAUCUAAGUGUUAACUACUACAAGAAUGUACGAACAACACACUCCCUUGGUUCACUGCAAAACACCAACAAUGGUUAUCAACCCCGAUAGAAGAAAAGAAAUGGCAUAUUAUCUUCACUAAAAUGAUGAAAUCACACUCUAGCAUAACAAUACAAGAACCAAACUUUAAAUUUCUUUCCCAGUGGUAUAUAACACCUGUAGAUGCCAACAAAUACGAUACCGAUAACUCACCGCUAUGUUGGAGAUGUCUGCAAGAACGAGGCACAUACCAACACAUAUGGUGGUCUUGUGGCAGAGUAGUGGGGUUCUGGAGAGAGGUAGCACGGAUUACAGGCAAACUUAGUGGCACAAUUAUCCCAGCUACACCCGAAUCACUUCUUUUCUACAACAUCCCUGUAACUAUGCACACGUUUCGAAAUUCAUUAAUACUUUACUUCCUUACCGCAGCUUAAUUAGUAAUAGCAGGGCUCUGGAAAACUAGUAAAAGACCGUCAAGAAGAGAAUGGUACAGGAGGAUUGAUGAUAUAGAUAUAUACACUAAGGAUGUCUACACUAGGGAAAUCGCAGUUGUGUAAAACAAUGUGGGAACCAUGGAAAGCCUAUCUCAAAAAUUACACCUAGGGUGUUAGCCUUAAUACACAAUAGAGUGAGGAUAUAACGAAUACACGAGCACACUCGCAGAGUCAUAGGAGGGAAACUAACAGGACAACAAAUGUUAAUAAAGUUGCAAACAUAAAAUGUUUUAUUAUUAGUAAAAAGUUGUAAAAGGCUAAACUGUUAUUCAUUUGUAAAUCUUUUGUACGAAGUCUGAAUAUCAUACUAUAUGUCAUACUGAUUAUCAAAACGCUAUACGUCAUGUAACGCUUAUGAUGAAAAUGCAAAAUAAAAAUAUAAUUUAAAAAAAAGUUAUGUGGAAGGGAAAAGUGUGGAAGAAAAAGGUGCACAAGCAGCAGGGAUAACUGCAGCCUGGAGAGGAUUGUCAGUUAAAGGCCAUUCAAAAGUGUUGGGGACUUUCACAAGGAUGGGACUGAGGCUGUAGUCUGUGCAUCAAGAGCCACCACACACAGACGGAUCCUGGACAUGGGCUUCAGAUAUCGUAUUCCUCUUGUCAAGCCACUCCUGAACAACAAACAACGUCAGAAGUGUCUUACCUGGGCUAAAGAAAAGCAUUUCUGGUCUGUUGCUCAGUGGUCCAAAGUCCUCUUUAAUGAUGAGAGCAACUCUUGCAUCUUAUUUGGAAACCAAGGACCCAGAGUCUGGAGGAAGAAUGAAAAGGCACACACUGCAAGAUGCUUGUAGUCCAGUGUGAAGUUUCCACAGUCUGUGUUGAUUUGGGGAGCCAUGUCAUCUGUUGGUGUUGGUCCACUGUGCUUCAUUAAGUCUAGGGUCAACACAGCCAUCUACCAGGAGAUUUUGGAGCACUUAAUGCUUCCUUCCGCAGACGAGCUUUAUGGGGAUGCUGACUUCAUUUUCCAGCAGGACUUGGCACCUGCCCACACUGCCAAAAGCACCAAAGCCUGGUUCAAUGACAGUGGGAUUACUGUGCUUGAUUGGCCAGCAAACUCGCCUGACCUGAACCCCAUAGAGAAUCUAUGGGGCAUUGCCAAGAGAAAGACGAGAGACAUGAGACCGAACAAUGCAGAAGAGCUGAAGGCCGCUAUUGAAGCAUCCUGGUCUUCCAUAACACCUCAGUAGUGCCACAGGCUGAUAGCUUCCAUGCCACGCCGCAUUGAGGCAGUAAAAUUUUCGCUGCAAAAGGGGCCCAAACCAAGUACUGAGUCCAUAUGCAUGCUUUUACUUUUCAGAGGUCCGAUAUUGUUCUAUGUACACUCCUUGUUUUAUUGAUUGCAUGUAAUAUUCUAAUUUACUGAGAUUGUGGAUUUGGGGUUUUCAUGAGCUGUAAGCCAUAAUUAUCGCACUUAUGACAAAUCACGGCUUGAACUAUCUUGUUUUGCAUGUAAUGUGUCUAUCUCAUAUAUUAGUUUCCCCUUUUACGUUUCAUUACUGAAAUAAAUGAACUUUUGCACGAUAUUCUAAUUUUUCGAGUAUCACCUGUAGUUUACCUUGGCUGAUCUGCCCAAUCCUGAAGCCAGGGCCGGAUUAACAUAGGGGCUGAUGGAGCUGCAGCUCCAGGCCCAGGCCCAUGGAAUAGGCCCAUUGAUUUAUAAAAAAAAAAAAAAUUUAUUAUUUUUUUUUUUUACAUUUUUUUUUUCACACACUACUCUUAGGGAUUCCACCUGGCUUUUAUUUUAUUGGCACAGCCAGUAUUUGAGGCUGCCUGGCUGGUGCCAAUAUUGCAGUGAGACUGGCAAUACAAAUGCUGGUAUUUUUCUCAGUAUAAACAAGAGAUUACUAUGCAAUACCAGCACUGGCCAGUAGGGGUCGCUGUAUGUGGAGACAGGCAGGGAUAGGAAGUUCCAGCAUAUCCCUCCCUGCCUAUCUAUACUCACUGAUCUGCAGGGGUGCAGUUACAGAGAGUCCAGACAGCAAUUCCCACCCUGCAGAGACAGCCUACAGCUCAGGGAAGUAAGGGAUGGGGCAAAGGCUGCAAGGAGACAUGGGGACACUGAGACACUAAGGGACAUUGGGAGACAUUAUGACACAGACACAUGGGAACACAGUGUCCCCAUGUCUCCCAGACAGUGUCCCUGGUGUCUCAGUGCCCCCUAGUCUCCCAGUGCCCCCAGUCUGCCAGUGUCUCACUGUGCCCAUAUCUCCUAGUGCCUCCAUGUUUCCCAGUGCCUCAAGUGUCUCAAUGUCCCCAUGUCUCCAAGCUAGUGUUCCUUGUGUCUGUGGCCCUGGUGUCUCCUUUUCCCCAUGUCUCAAUGUCCCCCAGCCAGUGUCUCUAGUGUCUGUGUCCCUGGUGUCUGUGUCCCCAUGUCUUCAAGUGUCCCCUAUUUUCCCAGUGUCCCCAUGCAUCCCAGCCAGAGUCCCGUAGUCUCCCAGUGUCACUGGUGUCUCCGUGUCCCUAGGUCUCCCCGUGUCCCCAGGUCUUCCCGUCUUCCUAGUGACAUGGGGAACCUGGGAUACAUGAGGACACAGGGAGACAUGGGGCAUUGAGACACUGUGAUACAUAGGAUCACUGGGAGACCUGGGGACAUGACACUAGGGGACACUGGGAGACAUCGGGCACUGAGACACUGAUACAUAGGAACACUGAGACCUGGAAUAAUCGACACGUGGGGGCACUGGGAGACAUGGGGCCACUGGGAGGAAUCCAUCUAUACAGCAAAAUCAAACUAAGUAGUUUUUUGGUGAUUUUACAGCAUUUUCUCUUAUGUCACUCCUUGUGAUUUACAUCAUGUGAUGUCAUCCAUACAUAUUUAAUUAUGCAAAUUAGCAAGGUGUGUUUUUCCAAGAAAGGUGGCAACCCUAACUACUUUUCACAUACUCUUAUUUAAGUAUGGAAACUUAAGAGGGAUGGAUGGGAACAAAACUUGUGUGGACUGGCUGACAAUGAAUAUAGUUAAAGGGACACUAGAGUCACCAGAACAACUACAGCUUAUUGAAUUUGUUCUGGUGAGUAGAAUCAUUACCGUCAGGCUUUUUGCUGUAAACACUGUCUUUUCAUAGAAAAUGCAGUCUUUACAUUACAGCCUAGUGAUAACUUCACUGGCCACUCCUUAGAUGGCUGUUAGAGAUCCUUCCUGGGUCAUGGCUGACUAAAAUGCAUCCAAACAUUCAGUGUCUUCUCCCUCUGCAUGCAGACACUGAACUUUCCUCAUAGAGAUUCAUUGAUUCAAUUCAUCUCUAUGAGGAGAUGCUGAUUGGCCAGGGCUGUGUUUGAAUCAUGCUGGCUCUGCCCUUGAUCUGCCUCUUUGUCAGUCUCAGCCAAUCCUAUAGGGAAGCACUGUGAUUGGAUUAGGCCACCACUUCUAAUGAUGUCAGCAGACUGCUUGUUUUUCUGAGUCUAACAGCAUGCAGAGUUACAGCUCAGGCUUGAAUACAGUAAGAUUUUGCUAUAUUUAUGGAGGCAUGAGGGGCCCAGGGGGGGCUAGAUGGUGGUGUUAACACUAUAGGGUCAUGAAUUCAUGUUUGUGUUCCUGACCCUAUAGUGAUCCUUUAAGGUAAUGCUGACUUUGGUCUCUCUAACACUGUGGCAUGUUCCCUUUCUUCUACACUCACUACAUACAGCUUUUCUCUGUCCCUGACUAUAUACCAGGAGCUUCUGCCUGCUAGUAAGAAUGUAAGGAGACAAGUGGACCAGCGAGUGCUAGGGGACAGUCCUUAGAAAGCGUUGAGCGAGCGCAUCAUUAGAUGCAUUUAUGCCAAGCUCAGGGUGCUGUCUGCAUAGUAUGCCCUUAGUUGGCCAGCUGCAUGACUGGCAGGCAGCCUGGCAUGCAUUCAUACCAGGCUGGCCUUCUAAUUCUUUGGGCAGACAUAUCCUCUUUUUGGGCAUGUUCGUCCCUUUUGGCAGGUUACGUGAUUUAUGUCAGAGGCACACCCUUUUACAGUGCCCAUUGACUUCCUGCUUGAUUGGAUACUGCUGUUAGGAGUUAUAGAUUUACUUGAAAGAUGAAAACAUAAAUUAGAGAGAGAUUAGCCUAGGGUAUGUGUUGUCUUAUAGCUGCUGUUUUCUUUCUCUCCAGCACCAUCUCCAUCAGAUACAUGAUGCUUGGGAGUGUUUUACUGUUUUUGGUCGAUAUGAUUCUGUAAUUAGGCCCGUCAUAAUUGUCAGCACCAGGCCCACUGGACUCUUAAUCUGGCCCUGCCUGAAGCUAUGACUCAUAGCCCAGUCUCUUACAUGACACAUUCUACAUGUGUCGGGGGGGGUAUGUAAUAAAAUCUUUCUAUUGCCAGGGAUAUCUCUACUGCUCCCUAUUUUAAAUCGCCCAUGCCAGCGAUUCUGGGCCGAACAUCACCACUGGCUGAAAUGCUGGGUAGCAGGAGUACCCGGUCUUCUUCUGUUAAUGAUCUGCCAGGUGUCUUGUCUCUGUUGUAGAAUAGAGAACACAAGUGGAGGGCUGCCUUAUGCAUUAAUUGAUACUGUGUCAUUCUAAUACUAAAUUUGAACAAUAAACUUUAAAAUCCUGUUUAUAUCUGCAUGGAAGCUUGGUGCCAGUGGAUUCCAUACACUGCAAUUACUUCUGAUAUUAAACUGUUACAAUGCCUUCAGUGUCCCUUUUUAAAUGGUUUUGACUUGGUUUUGUAUACUCUUUAAGUGGCACCAGGGGACUCCUAAUCACUAAGCUGUCGUGAUUCUGGUGCCUAAAUUGUCCCUUUUUAAAUGGAUAUGCUAAUCUACAUAGUUACUGUUGUGGUUCCGGGGAAAAGACUGUCUUAUUUGAGGGGCAGACUAACAUCUAAAUAGUUAAGAAUACAAAAUAUUUAACAUUACAGUGUUAUACAAAUGUAAAUUAUUUUAAUAACUGAAAAUGGACUACAUUCUGAACUGGUAUGAGUCAGCAAACCACAUGCUUCCUGCAAAACAUGGGUCUGUACCAGCUCUGUUUUGUUAAAUGAUGAUGUAAGGUAUAUGCCGAAAUGAACUUCUUCUUAAAGGAACAUUCCACUGAAAUGUAUUUAUUUUUCACAUUGUCGUAGAUAUACCCUAAAGAAAUCAUGCAUGUAUUUUUAUAUUCCGCACAUUUUCUUUGGGAGAGAAUUGUGAUUUGGUGUCUGCAGCUUUUUAAAGCUGCCUCACCCACCCUUUUUUAGAAGAUCUUGUUGAGAAGCCUUUAUGCUGGGGCUGCAAGCUCACACCCUGCUUCCCUUAGACUUCUCUGAGUUGUGGUACAGCUCAUUGAAAAAUGGUGUGUGCCUGGCAUUUCCGCUCUACGCAGAUGUAUAAAAUUGCCCAUAUCUUUCUAAUAUCAGCACUUUGGAGGAGAAAAGAUGCACAAACCAACACAUGUAUCUGAAAAUUAAAAUACUGCUGCCAGAUUUCAUGAUGAUGGAAAUCCAGCAAUCGUUUAAGGCAGCGUUUACUUAUUGUUAUUCCGCAGAACCCUAGGACAAAAUUGAGGUUCCGCCCUGAUUUGCUCAUCGGGUGACCCAAGCCCUUAGGGCCACCAGUGGGUAUCACUAAACAGGUGCGCAUCAGGCACUACCACCCUUUAAACACACUGGCUCCUGGAGCAUGGGAUGCUGGGAGGAAGUGACAGCCUGUCACCUCCUCCCAGACAUAGAGCACCCCGAACAGGGCAGAGAGAAGGCAGGAGGGCAGAGAGCUGCUGCCGACCUCUCAUACCAGCCUCUGCCAGCAGCACUCCAAGCAAGCCACCCUCCUGCAGAAAAAAGGUAAACUAACAGGAGGGUGGCUGCAAAUAUAAACUUUAUUACCGGUGUGUGUGUGUGUGUGUGUGUGUGUUUCUGUUAAUAUGUAUGUGGCAGUGCAUGUGCAGGUAUGCCAGCAAUCAAACUCCAACAUAACAGUCAAACACACACCUGCAAACACAAACAUGCCAUACAGACACCCCUGAACUCCAUGAGGGGGGAGGGUCCUAUACCAGACCGGGCUGCCAUGAGUAUAGCUUUGGAAACCCUCUCUCCUCUAGUGAUUACAGCUUACAGCACUCUGAGGCUCCCAUCCCCCCUCUCCUAGUGACAAUAGCCUCUUUUAGGGGCUAUUGGGACCAGGAACAUAGUCUGGGCAGGAGGCUGGCCUUUUUUGCCUCUACCAGAAGUCUGUGGCACUUGAGCUUGUCACACUUACACCAUCCUUUUCAGUUUGUGUCAAAACUUGUAUUUGUAUUAUAUAUGAAUUUUUUUUUUUAACUUUUUUUUUUUUUUUUUAUAUGCUUAUUUUCUCCCACACUUAAAUACAGAAUUAGGGUGGGGAAACUUAAUUUCCUUUUGUUUUACUACAGUAAGUGAUGAUUUUUUAUUUUUUUAAUUUUUUUUAAACUUUUUUUAUUUUUCAUAUGUAUUUUUAUUUGCAUCGCUUUUUAGGUUCUUUCUUUUUAAACACUGCCUACUGUGAAUUCUAAAGACGUUACCAGCCUCUUCAUUGACUCUGGCGUGUUUCUUCCUGUGUGGUGGCUGCAUCAAUAGAAUAUAGCAGGAAGAACAACACUUAGAGGAAGUGUCUGCCAUUAACACUUGAGAUAAAGCAAUGACUGAAUUUCUCUUCUGCUUUAGCUGUUGCAUUGGUGCCCAGCCACAACCAGUGAGUAGUUUAUUUUCUUUCAGCUUCUCUCUAACUUUAUAAAGUGUGGUUAUAUAGGAUUGUUAGUUUACUGCAUAUUCAGUAUGUGAGUUUGUUUUACAAUUCUCAUAACCUUUUCAGACCAUGCUUAGGGUGUGUGAUGUUCUAAAUGCUGUAUAAUGCAUAGUCACUUAAAAUGUACACGUUCACCAACACGUAUAUUUAAGAAAGAUUCCCUUUUUAAUAGUGUUCUAGUCUGGGAUCCAUACACCCCCUUGUUUACACACAAAGCCCCCCUGUAUUUUAAAUAUAGUAGGUCUUGAACUUACCUUGCCUUUUUUUUUUUAAAUUUAUUUUUAUUUAUAAUUUACAUUUUUUUUCCCUCCUGCUUUGUGCUUAUUUGCAUGUCAAGCUGGGAACACUUUCUCAAAUUUCUAUGCACAAAAAGGACUUCUCGAAGUCCAACUUUAAAUAUGAAUAACGGUAAUUUUUGUAUUUACACUGUAGAGUUUUUUUUAAUUUCUUUUUAUCGUGUUUGGUCUCACCACAAUCCUAUUGAUACCGAACUACAGAUGAAAUGGGUUGGUAAUAAAAAAAAUAAAUAAAAAAAAAAAAAAAUUUAAAAAAAUUUAAAAAAAUUAUUCGUGCAGAACCCUAUGACAAAAUUUGAGGUUCCGCCCGGAUUUGCCCAUCGGAUAACCCAAGCCCUUGCGGCCACCCAGUGGGUAUCACUAACAGGUGCGCAUCAGGCACUGCACCCUUUAAACACACUGGCUCCUGGAGCAUGGGAUUAAAUAUAAACCACCUCAAACUGCUGCUUCCAAAUCUCCCAUGCCACUAUAUCCCAAAGCUACUCCAUUGAAUUGAACUGAUGAACCAAACUGAUGAACUUUUUUGAGCAACCUACACAGCACAUUGUCUUGUUGGAAGUAGCCAUUAGAAAAUGGGUAAACUCUGUGGUGUAACUAAUGUAGGUCCAAUAAAAUAUUUGAGCAAAAGGUAGAGCUCAGUGUCUGGGGGGAGGGGGGGACUGUUUACGCAGUCACGCCUACCUGCAUGUGACUUACACAGCAGGUAAUGUUUACGCUUCCUUUAUUGCAAAUUUUGUUUCAUUUAGGAUUUAUCUACUGCUCUGUUAAUAGCUUGCUAGACCCUACAAGAGCUUCUUGUAUGUAAUUAAAGUUCAAUUUACAAAGCAGGAGAUAAAAACUUUUAAAGUAAAGGGACACUACAGUUACAAGAACUACACUACAGUGUUUACAUUAAAGCCUAGGGACACCUCCAGUGCCCACACUUGAGAUGGCUACUAGAGGUGUUUGCUGGGUCAGUCACUGACAUUCAGUGUCUCUACCCUCUGCGUCGAAACACUAAACUUUCCUCGUGGAAAUGCUGAUUGAACAGGACGGAGCUUGGCCCCGCCUCCUUUAUCUCAGCCAAUCCAUUGCUCAGGGACACAGCAUGCUAGCCCUCUUCCCUGCUGGUUUCCAUGGUCCAUGGCAGCAAUAGUCUUAACUGAACCCGGCAAAGUGAAACUUAAAGGACAUAUUAAAAACCCUUGUAUAAACAAAAACACCCUAUGGGACCCUGCUGGGCCCUGUGGUGCUGGUGCUCUUCCAGCCUGACGCUCACUCAGUGCGUCAGAUCAAUGCUGGAAUAACCCAGUGGCAGUGCUCUGACUCAUUCACUCAGCACUGGAACCGUUCCAGAGUGACUAAUGUCAAUUCUAUGCAAAUUUCAUUGUAUAGAAUGUCAGUCAUUAGCUGAGGGUGGUCAACUGCCUAUGCGCAUUGAAACUUAAGUUCCCUGUUAUUAGUGGACAGGAGUAACGCUGCUGUAGCCAUUCCCUUUUAAAGGAACAAUUUAGUGUGUGGAGUACAAAGAUGUGUGCUUUAGGCCUUCCCCAUAGGAAAGUGUGGCAGCCUGUCCACUAGUAGCUGGGAUUUCGCCACCAAGGUAUAGCCCAUUGUUUAUAGCAGAUAUUGCUUUUCCACCCAAACACUAGCGAAGACUUGGUGAUGGGUGAAGAAGUACUGUAUUAUUGGGGACAAAUGCCACACUUUUUUUAUAUAUGUGAUCCCAACAGAGGGUCACAAGGAAACCAAUAGGUGUUGCACAACCUCUGGCACAUUGGUGUCUGUGCCUGACCAGGUAAUUUUAUAAUUGGCCAGACAUCUUGGCGUCCAUAAACAUUUUCAUAAUAAAAACAGGGUUCCCGUGCCUACAUCCAAAAAAAGUGGCCGAUAAGCUCUGUGUGCCCACUCUGUCCAAAAAGCACUCUGAUCGGAGGGGUCUAUCCCAUGACCGGGCCGUGACAAUUUUCCAAUCCAUCGUAGUUCCACAGCGCUGGGUAGGAAGUCCGGGUCCUCUACAAUGAUGGCACUUUCUGCUGGUACAUGGAGCUCCCUGAAGUCCUUGGUAUCGUUCAAUGCCUCACCACCUUCUGUCACCCUCUCUAAAUAGCAAUACGAUAGGUGAUUUAGGGACCAAGUGUGCCCUUGACAAAGCUUUACUGGACCGCAACAACUCCAUGAUCAGAUCAGGAGUUCCAGAGGUUUGUGGGUCGCUCCUGGGCAAACACACUGUGCCUCUCUGGCAUUCCUGCCAGCCUAUGAAGACUGUUAGGCGGCCAGAAGUGGAGCUGGGCUGGGAGACACGGGCUGGAGAAGUAAAUGUGACUAUAAUCCUUUUGAGAAGGAGGUGGUGGUUGGGAGACUUGUACCAAUCCUGGGUGACCAGGUGGUCUGUCACAGAAAGCAUUGCCUCAGUGCAUUCCUAUGGGGUUUUCUUGAGGCUGGAUGUCCUCCUGCAAAACAUGAGCAUGUCAUUUCACGUCAUUAAACUCUGUGAAACUCAAGAAGUGCCUCUGAAACUGCAAUGUAGACACUAAUGUAAACACUGCCUUUUCUCUGUGUUUAUAUCACAAAGCCUGCAGGGACAUGCUUUGGACACAUAGAACUACACACUGUAAUAAAUAUAGUCAACAAUGAUGGGUAUAUUCUGUAUUGAGGUAUGUUGCCAUAGAUCUCUUAAAGGAUUUAAGAUUGAAUGAAAGCUUGUCUGUGUCCAUGAGAUUAUUCUAUAAUUGCGGUGCUCUGUAGGAAAAUGAGAAUCAAGCCAUUUUAUUUUUGUGUUGCGGUAAUAUCGUGCUAGUACUGGAUCGGAGGUUAUAGGAGGUGGGAACAGCUGGGGAGAGCAUUCUACUCACGUAAGGUGGGAGCUUCCCAGAAAAGCCCUUAUGCACAAGGCUGGAAAGAUGAAGUGCGUCAGGAUUCCAGCAAUGACCAGUUUGGCUCUCUUAAUAUGUCACAAUGGUGGGUAAAGUAAUUACAUUCUAGUACAAAGCGGCAGAAUGAAUUAUAUAAUUAAGUUUAAGGUGGGUUUGCGGUGCGGGUGCAUAUACUAUGUCCCCAUAAUCAAUGACUGGCAUUAGCUGCACUGUUUCCUUACUGUAGGGAAUAGGCAGGAAUGUUUCUGUACAGGGCACCUAGUUUUAGAUAACAUUGUAAAGAGUUUCUCAAGGCCAAAGGAUAGAUUGAAGUCUAGCAACAUACCUAGAUAUUUGAAAGAUCAUUGUGACCGUUUUGUUAGUGUUUAUGAAGAAAGUAUCCGCUAUCCACUUUUCUACCUCUGUGAAUUGGUUUUGGAGCACAGGCCUCAAGCUGCGGUAGAUUGGGUUUACUGGGGGAAAUUAAUGUGGUCUGCAUACAUGUGUACAGUUGAGGCUUUGCACACGUUGGGCAGAUUUAUAAAUAAUGUAAAUAGUAGGGAUAUGUGUGGCAGAUGGCACAGAAAUAAAAUGCAGAAAACCUCUGUAGUUCUUUGGUGCAUUGUUUUUAUGUGGCAUAAACCUUGAAAAUGUGUAUGUGUGUGUGUAAAUUUUUGUUUUGUUUUUUUCCUUAUUCAACAGAGGCGAAGGCGGAUUGAUCGAAGUAUGAUUGGGGAACCUAUGAACUUUGUACACACCGCUCAUGUAGGCUCAGGAGACUCAAGUACUGGCUUUGCUCUGGUAAGUUGCAGAAUGUCUUCCUGCAAAAAAAAAAAACAAUUCCCCCCCCAUAACUUGGCCAAAACAAUAUGGUGAGGUUAAAAUGAUGUGCUACAUUGCCAGGACUAAGUGGUUGUGCUUUCUCUAAUGUCCCCAAAAACCAUAUUCUCCUCAGUUUUCCACCUGUUGACUUUUUUAGUAGUGUUACUAGUCCAGACAAACAUUUUUGUACAUUUAUAUAUAUAUUCUCUAUAUCUCCACUAUGUGACCGUCACUUCCCUAUGAUUUUUGCAAUGAGCUGUUUGUUACAAAGUGAUCGCCCCUUUGCUGCUAGAUUUUGCAUGACUACACUGACACAUCGACCAUAUGAUAUGACACCUCUCUGACCUAUAUGUAUUGAUGUUUUGAACGAACACACAAUGACCAUUGAGGAUGCCGUGAUUUUCAUGAAUAGUCAGGCUGGUCCAUAUUUUGGUAAGCCGUUGACAUGUCGCUAAUGCUGAAGCCUUUCUACCAAGAAUAGUUAAGUGUGGGUUUUUUUUUUUUUUUUUUUUUAAGAUCUCGUUUAUUUUGAUGUUUGACGGUUCAUGUAAUGCUGGGUUAGUAUCUGGUUCAUCUGCCGGGAGAAUUAUAUCAGAAGGAUUUGUAUCGGCUUUCUCACUAUGGCAAUGUCCAUAUAGCAUGUUGAUUAAUCUCCUGUUUGAGCUCCUGGUGAUAAGAAAUUGUCUAUUUGCGUUAGACUCUUACACCAGAUCUUGCCAUCAAUCCCAUGCCACAAUGGGCAAAAAUUUUAAAUUCAUCAAAUGACAAACGCUAAUAAACCCUAAACUAACUUUUUUCUUCAGUUUUUGCUAGGAUGACCUACAUCAAACACUCAAGUUAUGAAUAUCUCUUCAUAACAGUGUUUCAGUUAAAGAUUAGAUUGUUGCCCCCUUCCCACCUCUUUUGGGGGGCCUAAAAAGUAAACUAAUUUUUAAUCCAGCACAUUCCCAGUUUUACUGCGAAAACCACUCCUCUUCAUUGAUUAUGAUCUUGGGCUAGUCUGAGAUGUAUUGUGACCCUACUGCGCAUCAAUUGCCAGUCAAUUGCUCUUUAUAAAGAAGAAGAAUUCACAGCAUUCGGUGGCGUCAUGCUUGGCAUGAUGACUCCAAACAUAAAGACUUUCAGUUAUUUCUUCAUGAAAUGGUUAUUUGAGAGCCCAUAGACCACACAGUCUGACAAAUGUAAACUGUUUCUCAGAGGCUGCAGAUGUAGUGGUUUUGAUUCUCAGAGUCUGUUUUAAUGCAUAAUUAUACAUGCCUUAAAUUUUUUAUUUUAACUCUUCAAGGGAGGAUCUUUUCAGGACCAGAUGAAAUCAAAAGGCGGUUACUCACCUGGUAUUUCUGAAGUGGCGCUGUAAGUAGGUACUUUUUACUAGGGGUGUAUUUGUUGGAGAUUUAUUUUUAUUUUUUGAAAAUAAAGUGAAAAAUCAAAAUGAGCCUGGCACUCGAUCCUUUUUUUUUAUUUUUUAAGGUUAACUGCCUGGGUGUUUUCCAAUCCAUUAUGUAAAAAAAAAUGAAAUGAGGGAUCCUGGUGGGGUCCUCAUUUUCCUAAGACUUUUAUAACCGAAAAGAACAUUGUGUGAUAAAUCUGUGAGUGCAUCCCAUAUUUCCCUGUGUGUGUGUGUGUAUUAUUAGUACAAUGAUCCCAAUCUAAAAUAAGAUAUUUGCAUUGUAAUACCUUUUUAUAUUGGACUAACAGAAUUUUGGAAUGGCAAGCUUUCAGGUAUGUUCUAUUGCCUCCCACUCUCUGGUGAAAUGAAUUUGAGAAAUAUAUUGUAUUUGUGAAUACCACUCUCCAUUGCUUGUCAUGUUACUACUUUCUGUAAUACAGAGCUUGAAAGAUGGGGAGCAGUACAGAGCUCUGUAUUGCACAGCACUGUGCAUCCUCCUCUUCACUGUGUCCCUUACUCAAACACCACAGGUUGGAUUACACGUGUGAAGAUAAGGAAAAAAAGUUGACCCACUGUAGGGGGUGGAAGUUUCUGGAUUUUAUCAGUAGUGGUUUGAAGGGGAGCCCCCUGAAAUUUUCUGACAGAUGUCAGAAGUCCAUUCCAUAGCUUGCCACUGCAGAUUUGUUACGGUUACUCAGGAGGCUAUAGGUGGACAUGCUUAAACUUCGUAUCUGUACAUCAUGAAAUGUCGUCAUAGAUCUUUAAUUUUAUUUAUUUUUUUUAGCUGA